AUGUGCCACACCAGUUGUUCUUCAGGUUGCCAGCCAGCCUGCUCCUGCUGUGUGUCUAGUCCCUGCCAGCCAGCCUGUGUACCCUUGAGCUGCAGGCCUGCCAUAUGUGUUCCUGUGAGAUGCCAGGUGACCUGCUGUGUACCUGUAAGCUGCAGACCCACUGUGUGCAUGGCCCCCUCCUGCCAGUCCUCUGUGUGUGUACCUGUGAGCUGCCGGCCAGUCUGUGUGACCUCUUCCUGCCAGUCCUCUGGAUGCUGCCAGCCCUCCUGCCCCUCCCUGGUCUGCAGGCCUGUCACCUGUAGCACCCCCUCCUGCUGCUGA